ACAAUAAAAAAAAUUGGUUCGCUAAGGCGCUUUACAAAUAUUAAAAUAGUGUAUUAUUUAUUAAACAUUACUAAUUUAAAUUGCAAAAUUUGUGUAAAAAGAUGUCUUCCAAUUCAGUGAUUUCAAUAAAAGUAUAUUAUACUGAAAAUGAACAGACAAAAGAAAUACGAAAGUUUUCAGUUGAUACCGGAGAUGCUAAAAGCUACAAAAUCGUUACAGGAAAAAUUUGUAAUAUCUUCUGUGAUUUGUCGAAUAAAGAUUUUCAUUUAUUUUGGAAAAAUAACAAAGAUGAGUAUAUUUUGAUAUUAACUGAUGAUGAACUGGAGCUGGCUCAUCAAUCAAUAGAAAAUAAUUGCUUAAAACUAUAUGUUAUAGAGACUCAAUAUUUGGACAUUGAGAAUAAUCAACAUCAAUAUCGUUGUGAAAUUUUUGAACAAAGAGCAAACAAAGAGCAAUUAAAAAAUGAGGAAGCACUCUACGAAAGGGAGAAUGCAAGUAGAAGAGAAGAGCAAUUAAAAAAUGAAGAAGCACUCUACGAAAGGGAGAAUGCAAGUAGAAGAGAAGAGCAAUUAAAAAAUGAAGAAGCACUCUACGAAAGGGAGAAUGCAAGUAGAAGAGAAGAGCAAUUAAAAAAUGAAGAAGCACUCUACGAAAGGGAGAAUGCAAGUAGCUUAGAGCAAGAUUUAAGUAAUCAAAUGAUUGAAAAAUUUACAGAUUUGUUUGGCUUUCAUCCUUCUGUUCUUGUAUCUUCCUCUAAAAACACAUUUGAAAAACUACAACAUGAAGUUAAAAAUAUAAAAUUUUGUAGCAUUGAUGACAUCAAAGGUUCAUUAAAAGAAUUUUCAAAGUAUUUUGAUAUUCAGUUUGCAAUAAAGAAUGUGCAAACAUUUUUUCAACAGUUAACAGAUAAUAAUAUUCAAGAUAAAAAUAUUGAUAACAUUAAUCCAUUAUUAGAUCAGUUGGAUCUUGAAACAAAAGUGGAGUACAAUGAUAACUCCUUUUCAACAGAGUCUCCUAAUAGAGGAGACGCAGAAUGUGAACAAAAUGCAGAAUAUGGACAAAAUACUAAUUGUGACCAAGAUACUAAAUGUGUACAAGCUGCUGAAUGUAUAAGAAAUGAUGAAUGUGGACAAAAUACUGAAUGUGGAAAAUAUGCUAAAUGCAGAGAUUCACAAAUGCAAUUAAAUUGUGACAUGGCUGUUGAAAAAGAUCUCUUCCUAAAUAACGUUCAACCAGAAGGCAAGUAUGAAAAAGCUCUUCAUCAAAUGGAGGCUAUGGGAUUUGAUAUUGAGGAUGAAGCGUUAAAGCAACUUCUUAUCAGAAAUGAUUGCAACAUUGCAAAAGUAUUUGACGCAAUGAAUCCUUUAUAAUUUUAUUUGGAAUUAAAUUGAACAUUUUUUAACCAUCGAAUUUUAAAUUCAAAUUGUUUUUCAAAACCAUUUUUUGACUUGCCUUGAAAAUUUUAUAUUGUACAAUUAUUUUUUUUUUUAUUAUUCUUUUUAAAUAUUUUUAUUCUUAUUUUAAAAUUAUUGUAAUUAAUUAUAUAAUUAUGUUAUUUAUUUAACUGUUAUUAGUUUACAGUUUUUCUUAAAAAUACAAAUUUUAUUUAUUACAAACAUAAAAUUUUUGACUAAAGAGAACUGUCAUGUUUUAAGGCGAGUUUCCACUCAUCCGUUUUUUUCACGGGAACGGGAAAAGGACGGGAAAAAUAAUCAUGUAAGCAUGCGUAGUAUAAGUUUUAAUAUGUCCAAAGGAAAACUACGCAUACUCACGUGAUUAUUUUUCCCUUCCCUAUCCCGUUCCCGUGAAAAAACGGAUGAGUGGAAACGCACCUUUAUUUUAAGCUUAUUUUGUUAUUUUGAUUAGUAGGACAAAACUAAUCCUCAGGACUGUUACCUUGAGUUUUUUCUUUUUUAUGAUAACUAUGAUAAUCAUAAAAUUAUUUUAUUAUUAUGCUAUUUAUAAUGAAUGCGCUGUAAUUUCAUCAUAUUACUUAACAAAUAUUGUCUUGGU